GCCGCGCUUCUUCUCUGCUCGGUUUUCAGUCGGAGAUCCCACGUGUGCGCGUCGCUGAGCCGUGCGGGCUGCUAGUGGAGGUGGAGAUGGAGGUUACCAGCGAAAAUAAGUGACCUGAGCAGAUUUCGAGCGAGUCUUUACUCACAUCUCUUCUCUUAAAUAGCCACGGCUUGAUCUGUUCAUCUAAAAUAUGGGGAAAACCAAGACUAAGAACCAGAAGGCAGCACGUGUGACCUCUGCCUCCGUGGCCGAGGAGGAGUAUGGUACUGUGCCGCACUCCUUCGUCUUUCACCGCGGCCUGGUUGGUAAAAACGUCGACCAGCUGGUUACAGACAUGCGGCGCGUCAUGGAGCCCUACACAGCAAGAGCUUUAAAGGUUCGAAAGAAAAAUGUCUUAAAAGAUUUUGUGACUGCAGCGGGACCACUGGGUGUCACACACUUUCUUAUAUUCACCAAAACUGAAACCAACGUUAAUUUGAGACUGGCACGACUUCCCAAAGGGCCCACCCUUUUUUUCCACGUUACUAAGUAUUCUCUCAUCAAAGAUGUCGUUUCAUCGUUGAAGAGGCACAGGAUGCACGAGCAGCAGUUCAGUCAUCAUCCGCUGCUGGUGCUGAAUAAUUUUGGCCUAGAUGGCAUGCAUAUCAAACUAAUGGCCACCAUGUUCCAGAACAUGUUCCCCUCCAUCAACGUGCAUACGGUCAACCUCAACAACAUUAAGAGGUGUGUGCUGCUCACUUAUGACCCGGAGUCCAAAGAAAUAGACUUCCGUCAUUACAGCCUGAAGGUGGUCCCUGUAGGCAUGAGCCGAGGAGUGAAGAAACUCAUGCAGGAGAAACUCCCCAACAUGAACAAGCUGGAAGAUAUCAGCGAUCUGCUAUUACAAGGGGUGAACCUAUCCGAGAGUGAAGCUGAACAAGACGGGGAUCACAACAUCACAGAACUGCCUCAGGUUUACUCGGGCCGUGGCAACAUGAGGUCACAGCAGAGUGCUGUCCGACUAACGGAGAUUGGCCCUAGAAUGACCCUGCAGCUGGUGAAGAUCACGGAGGGCAUGGGAGACGGGAACGUGCUUUAUCAUUCCAUUCAUACAAAGACGGAAGAGGAGCUUAUGGAGAUCCUGAAGAGGAAAGAGGCUCGUCUGAAGGAGAAAGCAGAACGUAAACAGAAGCAGGAGCAAAAUAUAUCCCUAAAGAAGCAGAAACGGGAUGAAAACAAGAAAAAGAGUCUGGAAGGGAUGAAGAAGAAACGGCAGCAGGAGGGAGCAGGGUCUGAUGAUAGUGAAGUGGAGGAUCCUGGGAUGCAGGAGGACCAGGCUGCGGCUGAAGAGUCGGAGGACGAGGCGGAAUACUACAGGCAGGCCGUCGGCCAGGAACCAGAUGAAGACAUGUUCCCCACUGCAAAGAGGAAACAUGGACCAGGCAAGUCACCCAGACCCUUCAAAAAGAGGAAAACGUCCUCUUCAAAAGCCUCUGAUGAGAAACAAAGCCCCCGGCCUGCUGGUAAGCCAGCUUUCGGUGGUAAAGCCUCUGCUGGCAAAAAGUUUGGAGGGAAGAAAUUUGGCGUAGGAGGCAAAGGAUUCGGGGCUAGAAAGACGGCAGGUACUGGCAGCAAGUUUGGAAAGAGCAAAUGGGGAAAGAAGUUUGGAGAAAACAAAAGGGAUGGAUUUGGUGGGAAUAAAAAUGGGCCAAAGAAAGGCCCCAGUUCGAAGCUGAAAGGACAGAGAUCGAAAACUGGUUCUGGGUUUAAAGCGGGACCGAGAGGAGGCAAAGCAAAAAAGGACUUCAAACAAAAGAAAGCGAGGAGUGAUAGCGCUGUCACCUCAAUGCAAGAAGGGCCUGGUUUCAGUUCUCUGGCUAGGAGGCGCAGAGCAAUGACGGGGAACAACUCCUCCUGUGGCUUUAUAGCCCAAAAGCAGCUGUUACCUUUCAUGUAUAGCGUGGAGCUGUGUGUGGCUCUAUUGGGGAACAUAUUCGCCCUGUGGAUGCUGGCGACGAGGGAGAGGAGAAACUGGCACACUGGAGUGGUGUUCUCCUGCAACCUGGCCAUCAGCGACAUCCUCUAUGUCCUGACCUUCCCUCUUCUCAUCAUCACCUAUUUAAAUGACAGAAAGUGGAAAUUCACUGAACCUGUCUGCAAAAUUGAACGUUUCCUUUUCGCCUGCAACCUUUACGUCAGCAUCUAUUUCAUCAUGUGCAUCAGUGUCAACAGGUACCUGGCCAUCGUCCACCCCUUUUUCACACGCAAACACGUGCGUCCCAAACACGCCAAGAUCGUCAGCGUGCUGGUCUGGGUCACUGUGGCCGUCCUCUCAAGUCCGAUCCUCAAGUUUGCAACCAUCGAAAAAGAACGGUGCAGGUCAUUCUCAAGCAAAGCAAAGAGUUACAAGCGCGGCUACAGGGUCUUUAUGGCUGUCGUUGGCUGCCUUGUUCCAUUUGUGGUCACAUUCAUGUCCUAUUUUUGUGUGAUAUGGGCAGUUUUAAAAAAUGCCAACAUCACCACACUGGAGAAGAAAAAAGUGGCUCUGAUUGUGGCUUCGGUCUGCAUAAUCUAUUUCAUAUCUUUUGUGCCCUACCACAUUCUGCAAAUAUGGCACUUUCAGCUGAAGGAGAAUAGAAAAAAUGACUGUGCGGUGCAGAACGCAUACCAAGUGUCAAAGGGACUGGCAGGUGUUAACAUGUGCGUUCACCCCAUCCUCUAUAUGGCCGUGUUUGAUAGUAUCAGGACAUUUUGCUGUGGAAGGAGCUCCAAUAAAUAGGUUCCCUACAUAUUUUCUGUUCUACAAGCCUAACAGUACAGCUACCAUUCUUCAGCUUAGAUUCACAGUCGUAUGAAAAAAAAUCAGCUAUUUGCAGCAUAGUUUCUAUACGGACUGCAUGGACUGGGGAGGGAAUAGUACAUUGUGAAAUGUUAAUACUGUUUAUAUACAAAACAGUGUGUGUUUUAAAGAUGCUUGUCCUCCUUAUAAGCUGGAAACAUCAAAGGCAGUGACAUCACUGACUUGUGAAUGACAUCACGCUGAUUUUCCAUCUUACUCUAUAGGGAAUAAAUUAAACAUAAUAUUUUCUUAACAAUUUUAGUGCACAAUUUCUGUUUAAUUGCUGAAUUUAACAUAAUGGACAAAAAUAAAAAUGCCCUAACCUUUGCACGGGCCAUUUAUGUGUUGCCCUCAAUACCUUAAUCUCAGCAUAUAAACAGUGAUUGUGUAUUAAAAUGUGCUGAAGUGUGUCCCUGUAGAGGAUGUAUUAACUAAGUUCCACUUAGAAAAUCAACAAAACCUGUAACCGGACCAGGGUCGCCCAAACUUCAGCAUACAACUGUACCAUGGAAUGCUCCUACCUCCUAGCUUCAGCAAGAUUAUGGAAAAAAUAUGUAAUACUGUGUAAAUAACAUGUAACUGUCAUUUUCUAUUUUUAAGUGCCAUUUCUAUCUAUAUUUCUGUUAAACUUUCAUAUUAGUUAAUUAAUGACUGUAUUUAAUGUCAUUUUAGUCUCUGGUGAGUAAAAACUGAAGCAGGAUCUCCUAUUUUACACCUAA